UGGAGGGGGUCUCACUGGCUCGGACGGGUUCGGUUCUGGCGAAAGUUAAGAUCGGGAAUUUAAAUGUCCGAAAAAGCUCCACUUCUACAUUAUCGACUAACUACGGGCGGUGAUGUUCCGGACACCGAUGAUGUCAAGCGGCGCCAGUCGAGGAGCGGCCGAGGCUCCGGCAAGAACCCGAGGAAACUGGGGAUGGUGUUCGGGGUCGUUAUCCCGACAUUGCUGUCCAUGUUUAGUGUUGUUAUAUUUCUGAGAAUUGGAUUUGUAGUUGGUCAAGCGGGAUUGUUUGAGUCCAUUGCCAUGUUCCUGGUGGCCUACCUCAUCAUCACUAUGACAGUUCUGUCUGUCUGUGCCAUUUCCACAAAUGGAGCUUUAGACGCCGGAGGUGCCUACUACAUGAUCAGCCGAGCGCUCGGUCCGGAGUUUGGCGGCAGCAUUGGAAUCAUGUUUUUCUUUGCAAAUGUAUGUGGCAGCGCUUUGUACAUCUUGGGUUUGGUUGAGGCAAUAAUGUCGGCGUUCGGUGUUCCUGCAGGUGCGUUAUUUGCUUUGUCUUCCUCAGCUACAAAUGCAUUAAUCGGUGCAGGACCUCAUCAGAUUCUGCCUUCAGGAUACUGGUGGUCUCUUCUCUAUGGAACUGCUUUGCUCUUUAUUUGUUUCAUUGUCUGCUUGGUUGGCGCCCACAUCUACGCCAAAGCCACUUUCAUUAUCUUCAUCAUCGUGGUGACUGUCCUGGUCUCGAUCUUUGUCAGCUUCUUUAUCAUGAAGCCUAUGGAAGUGAAGCUGCAUGAUGCCUCCAUUCACAGCAACUCUACUCUGCUGACGGGCAACUUCACCGGCCUGCAACUCCAAACCUUGGAGAGCAACUUGUUGCCGGAUUAUAAAGUGGACUACACCACUGGAAUGAUGAUGAAUUUUGCCACAGUGUUUGCAGUCAUGUUCAAUGGCUGCACUGGGAUCAUGGCAGGCUCCAAUAUGUCAGGUGACCUGAAAAAUCCCAGCUACUCCAUCCCAAGAGGAACGCUGGCUGCUGUUGUUACCACUUUCAUCACAUACAACUUGUUAACUCUGCUUGCUGCUUGGUCCUGCGAACGCCACCUCCUCCAGAGAGACUACAGUUUCCUGGGUGACAUCAACGUUUGGCCUCCACUAGUCACAGUUGGUAUUUAUUCCUCCACCAUGUCUGCUGCCAUGAGUAAUUUGAUCGGAGCUUCCCGUAUUCUCUACGCUUUGUCCAAAGACCACCUGUUUGGAGGCGUCCUGUCUCCUGCCAAGAAAACAUCACGCAGCGGCAACCCCUGGGCCUCGGUGCUGGUCUCCUGGCUGCUGGUUCAGGUGGUGUUGUUCGCCGGGAAAUUGAACACCAUUGCAGGCAUUGUGACCAUCUUUUUCUUGUUGGUCUACGCUGCUGUCAAUCUCGCCUGCUUGGCUCUAGAAUGGGCCUCAGCUCCAAACUUCAGACCCUCAUUUCGCUGCUUCACGUGGCACACCUGUGUGAUGGGCAUCGUCGGCUGCCUGGUCAUGAUGUUCCUGAUCAAUCCCAUCUACGCCUCGGCCAGUAUCGCCUUUAUGCUCCUGCUCUUGAUGCUUAUCCACUACCUCGGUCCCAUGAGCAACUGGGGGUUUAUCAGUCAGGCCCUCAUUUUCCACCAGGUUCGCAAGUAUCUCUUGAUGUUGGAUGUGCGCAAAGACCAUGUGAAGUUCUGGAGGCCCCAAGUUCUGCUGAUGGUGGCCAACCCUCGCAGCUGCGUAGGCCUCAUGACCUUCAUCAAUGACAUGAAGAAGAGUGGUCUCUAUGUUCUGGGCCACGUGAAGAUUGGUUUACUAGAUGAGUUGCCUUCAGACCCUCUGCAGAGCAGCUACGACUCCUGGCUCUCUCUCGUUGAUCACCUCAACAUUAAAGCGUUUGUCAACCUGACUCUGGCCGAGUCCGUCCGCCGUGGCGUCCAGAACCUGCUCUUCAUCACUGGUUUUGGUGGGAUGCGACCGAACACUCUUGUUUUGGGUUUCUAUGAUGACUGUGUGCCUGAAGACCACCUGCAAGGGAAGAUCCUCAAGUCAGCAGGCUUUGGGUUGCAUGCCGCCAGCUCCAGCGAGGACCUGAGUGAAGAAAGAUCCCCCUUCUUUCCUAAUGUACGCUGCCCGAUCGAAACCAAAGACUUCCAGGAUGAGGAAUAUGUGUCAGUCAUUGCUGAUGCAGUGAAGAUGGGGAAGAACGUCAUUCUAGCUCGUGACUUCCACCAGUUCCACCGGGACUCCGUCAUCAAGAGUGGAAAAAAGAUGGGGCGCAAAGGCGCGACGGGGCAGUAUGUGGACGUGUGGCCGCUGAAUCUGCUUCGACCCGACCACCGGGGCUACGUGGACACCUGCUCACUCUUCCUCCUGCAGCUGGCUAGUGUGCUCCACGACAGCAGGGCAUGGAACCAGGUGAGACUCCGCCUCUUCCUGUGCGUGGAGUCUGAGUGCAGAAUGCAGGAGGAGGAAGAAGCCAAGCUGCGAGUGAUGCUGAAGGAGUUGAGGAUUUCUGCUCAGGUGCAUAAAGUUGCGUGGGACCAGGUGGUGGCGCUGCACUGGCAGAAGCAAAGAAGCUCUGGAGAUGAACGGGUUUCAGGAGAAUCAGAAAGAAGCGACGGAACAGAAGAGAUGGCUGCGGAGGAGGACUCCCAGAGGAAGUUCCCAACCAACGCCGCCCAGCUCACCGAUGACUACAUCGGUGCGGUCAACAAUCUCAUACGCCAACACGGAGCCCCGCAGCCUGCUGUACGCUUUCUGUAUCUGCCCCGCCCUCCUGCAGACACAAGCCGCUACCAUGCGUAUCUCCAGCAGGUGGACCUACUGAGUCAGGACCUGGGUCCCACGCUGCUCAUCCAUGGAGUCACCCCUGUGGUCACCACAGACUUCUAGAGGGCCACACUUCGCUGCUUUUUUGACUCACUCCUUGUCACUUAUUGUUAAAACCUGAAAGCACUGGAGAAAAAAAUAAGUUAAAUAUCUGUAUUUUUCUAAAUAA